UUUCCGCUUCCGGUUCUUAAUUCCGGAAGUUGCCGUUUGAGGUAACGUGGUCCUUGGUGUGGUCUUUGUGAGAUUUUGCCAUGGCGUACCGGGGCCAGGGCCAGAAAGUGCAGAAGGUGAUGGUGCAGCCCAUCAAUCUCAUCUUCAGAUACUUGCAAAAUAGAUCCCGGAUUCAGGUGUGGCUCUAUGAGCAAGUGAAUAUGCGGAUAGAGGGCUGUAUUAUUGGCUUUGAUGAAUACAUGAAUCUUGUGUUAGAUGAUGCAGAAGAAAUUCAUUCUAAAACAAAGUCAAGAAAACAACUGGGUCGGAUCAUGCUAAAAGGAGAUAAUAUUACUCUGCUACAAAGUGUCUCCAACUAGAAAUGAUGAGUGAAUUAAGAAGACAGCAGUGAAGUGAGGUGGCAAUUGUGAUAACGUGUGAAAAAUGCAGCUGUUUAAGUGGUUUGCCCUGGGAUUAUUUGUAAAACAUUUUUUCAUAUUGUUUUCGUUACCCUUAUGUUAUUACUGCUCUGGCAAUAAAUGUUGUAGGAUUGUUUUUAUUAAAAAAUGACAAUGUUUCUUUCUGUUCGGUGGUAAAGACCUGUUAGUGGCAUAUUAGUAUAGGUAUUUUAAAGCUUCUAAAGUUAGUGAUUGCUUUGGGCUUUUGCUUUCUUGGAGCAUAGACUUACACAUAUCCUUGAGGCAGAGACUAGGAACUCUUGACAGGUAAGCUUCCACUAUUGGGUAGCAGAAAAAGGGGGAGGUUUUCACAAAAAUAAGGCCAUUACACUAAUGUAUGUCUUCAUUAAUUCUAACUCUUGAAACUGGGGUUAUAGCUUAGUUGUACAGCAUUUGUCUAACAAGCACAAGGCCCUAGGUUCAGUCCUAGCACAGCAAGAAAAAAGAAUUCUAAUUCUGAGUGCUAGAACACCACAGAGUUUCUAACUAAAGUAGAUUGAGAACAUUUUAAUAGCUCCAUUAUUUGCUUGG